UCUGCUGAGCACAAACUCGGGACACUGGCAAAUAUGAUAGGGCUAAAAUUAUGCAAUUAUGACUGAGUCUAAGGAACAUAAGGGAUUGUAUGGAAGAAGAAAUCUUGCAGCUGAAUAAACUAUGUAAUAAAGAACCCAGAGAGGUUAAAUGGAGGGAAUGGAAUAAAUGAGAGAAAUGUGUAAGAUUUUUGUCAUGGUUUGACUAUCUGGAUUUACUACUGGCUGAUAGAAUAUGUGAGUAGGUGACAUUAAAUUUUAUAUAGAGUUAUAUAUUUCAUUUUAUCCUUUUAUAUACUGCAAAGUGGCAAUAUUAUCUCUUUUGCCUAGGAUUACAGGACAAGUACCACAAUACAAGCGAUCAAAUUGCCCUUAAAGAUCUCCAGUCUGAUGUUACAGAGGCGAAAUCUGACUUCACCAAGGAGACCCUGGCAUCACAAAACACAAAAAUGAUUUCCUCCAUAGUAAUCUCCCAGAUGAUUGAUGAGAAUAAGUCGAGAGAAAACAGGGCCUCCUUGCCUCUGCCGUGUGCGAUGGCUCAGUCUCGUGGACAUCACAUCAAGCAAUCUCUGGCUAAUCGCAGCAGAGUCAACAUUCACAGGGCAUUUGCAUUCCUACCGGGCAGAUUAGGAAUCCCAACACCGUCAGAUGAGCGAGGACCUGAGACAGAACUGCCACCCAAAGAGGAGAGCCCCUGUGAGGGCCCCCGCAGAGGUUUUGCGUCCAUCACCAUCACAGCCAGGCGUGUGGGCGCCCCAGCCAGCGCCCUGGUAUGGGGGACUGUUGGGGACUCUCUGUGUCCUAAGUGCAGGGCUGAGGACACUGUGUUCCAGGCGCCUCCAGCUCUGGCCAAUGGCCCCCAUCCAGGUCGGCACCAGAGAGCUUUCGCCUGCACAGAGUUCUCCAGAAACAGCUCGGAGGUGCGGCUGAAGGUUCCUGAGGCCCCCAUGGGGUUGUGUGAGAGACGCAAGGCCUGGGUCACCCAUGCCGAUGAGACCAGUUUUUCUGCAGACACCCCACUGUCAGGAAAGAGCCCACUGGUGUUCAGUUCCUGUAUCCACCUCAGGGUGUCUCAGCAGUGUCCAACUUCCAUCUAUUACGUAGACAAGUCUCUCUCCAUUCCCUUUGAGCAACCUCAAAUUGCCAGCCCCAAAAUGCACAGAUCCGUCCUGUCGCUCAACCUCAAUUGUAGUUCCCACAGAUUAACAGCAGAUGGAGUAGAUGGCAUAGUGAACGGAGAGCCAAUAAGCGCAGGCCCGAAGCAGGAGCUCGUGGAGGGAGACCAGGACAUCCUAGGCCUGCGCUGGAACCCAGGUUUACAAGAAAGUCACUUGAAGGAAACCCCAUCAUUGGGGCGGGUGCAUGUGGGGACUGACACAUGUCCUUGGAGUGAUUCUUUUCCAUUGGAAAACACAGAAUUUGCAGACGUGGGAACUAACCAGGUCACCGUAAGAAAAGGGAUAAAGGACCAUGAGGCUCAUUGUCAUGCCAGCGGUCAUGCCAACCAACUGUCCAUUCACAUUCCUGGCUGGAGUUACAGGGCAGUACACACAGAAGUAUUUUCUGGAAGCAGCAAGAGGCAACCAGGAGAAGCAUGCCUGACUCUGUCUGCUCCUCCAGUGGAACAGAAGCCCACUAAACAUUUCCUUCCCUUUGGGGAUAGCUCUCCAAGCGAUGCCUGUCUGUCUAGAGACCUUUCUGAGCCCACUGAGAGACGACGUCAAAGCUUCCUGAAACCCAGAAUCCCUUUUCCUGGGUUUCUUUGCCCCUUACAAGAUGUAUGCACAUCUCCGCAGGAAGACAAUGGCGUUCAGAUAGAAAGCAAGUUACCCCAAGGAGAUUACACAUGCUGUGACUUGGUUGUAAAAAUAAAGGAAUGUAAGAAGAAUGAGGACCCCACCACGCCUGAGCCCUCCCCAGCAGCACCCUCGCCAGCACCCCCCGAGGGAGCAGGGAGCCCUGGCCUGUCUGAAGACUGUUCUGAGCCUCAGCAAAUGCCUGCAAGAUCCUUGACCUUGCAGGAAGCCCUGGAAGCUCGUAAGCCUCAGUUCAUUUCUCGCUCACAAGAACGGCUGAAAAAGAUUGAACACAUGGUCCAGCAGAGGAAAGCCCAGCAGAAGGACGACCUGAGGCAGAAGCAGAGCCUCCUUCCUGUCCGUACCAGCAAGAAGCAGUUCACGGUUCCCCACCCUCUGAGUGAUAACUUGUUUAAACCCAAAGAACGGUGCAUUUCAGAGAAGGAGAUGCAUAUGCGAUCUAAGAGAAUCUAUAAUAACUUGCCGGAAGUUAAAAAGAAGAAAGAAGAACAAAGGAAAAGGGUGAUCUUACAAAGUAACAGACUCCGUGCCGAAGUCUUCAAAAAGCAACUGCUGGACCAACUCCUUCAAAGGAAUGCGGUCUAGCCGCAGGCUGCGCUGCUGGCCGUGCUACCUGGACCUGGGAGGACUUCACAUGCCGGAUAACCCAUUAAACUUAGCAUUAUCUUCAUCAUGGGAAAACACUUAUUUUACUUUUGAUUUUUUUUUUCCAUAAGGAAAACAUCACUUCCUGAAUUACUGCCCAAGCCAAACAUAAACAAUAAUCCUGGAGGAAACUGGCCAGGAAUCUGUUGUGGGGAAACCCCCUCGACGUAACCCACUAGAUCCAGUCCCCUUCGUGUUUCUGCUUCUGAAUUGUACCUUUUGCUUCUGAUUUCUUCUCCCCUGCUGUUUCCUGCCAAUCAGAGAGGCCUUACAGAAGCAAGUUUGCUUAGAUCCCUGGGAAAUAUUUUACAUCAAACCUUUGGGAUCCAAACCCAUCUCCUUUUAAGUACCAAUCCCAACACCUGACAGUUAUGCAAAUGCAAAAAUGUGUGUCAUCAUAGAGCAUAUUUUAAAACUUUCUGACCAUGUGCACCACCCAGUGCUAGAGACUGGCUUGGAAACCAGUGGGUGCAAUGCCCGAGGCUGUGGAACAAACAGCCCGUCCCUUUGUGACCUGGAACAGUCAGAGUGGCCCUCAGCCACCCCCGCCCGCAGCACCAUUCCUCACUAGGGAAAAGAAUCCAUUUCUAUGGAAGCUCUAACGUAACUUCAGUGUUUUCUACAACACUCCACGCCCUGCCCCAUUAAAAAAAAAAAAAAAGUUGUUUUGUUAAGAAAUAGCCUAAUGGCUCCAACUUUGCUUAUCCGUUCUUUCAAAUGUUUAUAAUAUACAUUAUUUAUAAAUAUGUGUGUUUGGGGAGCUAAGAACAAGCUAGUUUUUACAAUACAAGUGGAAAUAAAUGCAAUUAUUAUAAACAU